CCAAUUACCAGCGGCGGGUGCACACUCAGUGCGCACUAGUUUUCCCAGUGAAAAACGCUAUAAAAAUUUUCCCCCUCCUGCCCUCAAAGCUUAUCAAAUAUUUGUAAUUUGUAAUUGAAACGUGCCUACGUUUGUCGCUUCGAUGAUGAAUUUGGCGCGGUCUUCGUCAGUCCUGUCGUACAUUUUGUACAAUCUCACUUGAAUUGCGCGUAUUAUGGUGAAGUCGCCUAGCCGCGUCAAUGUGUAGGAAUAUGCUGCUGACAGCGACGGGAUAAGCGACGAUCACGCUCGUCAGAAGACGGAUAUUAUAUCUUGGCUAUGUCGUAUUUGAUAAAUAAAGGAUGGGUUGCGUCAAUAGCAGAGCAGACGUUAACGAUCUGCAUCCCAACAUUUUUCAAGUAAUGAACGUAGAUGAUGAUGGUAAUUUCAUUUCGCCUGGACGUUUAGAAGUGACAGAGGUAGACAUUAUAUUGUAUCAACGUGGCAAGCAACCAAUUAAAUGGCCAUUGCGUUGCUUACGACGAUAUGGAUAUGACUUGGAGGGACUCUUCAGUUUUGAGUCAGGCAGACGCUGCUCCACGGGUCCUGGCAUAUAUGCCUUUAAGUGUCGGAGAGCUGAAGAACUGUUUAAUCUUGUACAAACAAAAAUUCAGAUACGUAACAACAGUGGAGAUGAUACGUUGUCCAGAGACCUUCCAAUCCCAUCACAUCCUGCUACAUUAAUGACAAAUGUGGCAGUACAAAUGGAGCCUAAUUAUCUGGAUCCAAUAUCAUCUAGAAGUAACAAUCGUACGAGUUCUAGACUUCCUCAUAGCCAGCAGAAUGGUAUCAGAAGAUUAAGCAGUGGCCCUAUAUCGCCCCAAGGAACUUUGGGAUCACCGUCACCACCCCUUAUGCUGCCACCACCGCCACCGAUUUCUCAGCCUCAUCCGUCCUCUCUUUACGUUAAUGAAGAGGUCUUGUCGUCUCUCCCCAUCGAAAUGGAGCGCAACAAUAACAAAAGUCUUGGAAGGACAGUACAAAGAUCACCACAAAACGCUUUUAUAUCGGUCAAUAAAGCGAUAUCCAUUAGUGGACCUGUGGAAACUGAAUUGAUACCCAUUCAGGGUAGCAUAGAAGUAACCUGUGACGCAACGUCACCGUUAACGACUAUGGCGCCCUAUAUGAACAUAGACCUCUGCAGUGAAUCUAGCCCAAUCUCGCCAACGCACAGUACUUCUGAGACGAAUCAGCUCAAGGAAGAAAGUAACGACGUAGAGGGAUCUGAGCAUGCAUACAUGAAUAUAAGUCCAGGGCAAGAUCACGCAGAAAACAUUGCUAUCAGAGUGCGUCCACCUCCAUUGCCCGUCUUACAGUCAGACGUGGAAGAAGGCUCCAGACAUUGCUACGCUAAUCUAGAGGCGAGCGAAAUUGAAAGUCUGAGAAAAAGAUUCUCUGGCACCUCGGUAGCCGAGAAGUCGCCCUUAGCACCUUCCACGCCGACGGGAUGUCUCAUCAGAGAGGUAAAUUAUGCAGUUUUAGAUCUGGACAAGAAAGACACCGACGCAUCGGACAAUGCGAUAAACACUGCUCCCUCUCCCCCCGAAUCUCCAAAUAAGCCACAAAAAGGCUACGCCACAAUAGACUUCAACAAAACGGCUGCUCUCUCGCACUCUGUUAAUCCCAACCUCGUGAACGAUAAUGAAGGCUGCAGAAAAACUCGUCACAACUCCACAAUAAGCGACCUGGUAGCUCCGUGCAGGCACAAUUCUGUAAGUGAAUAAAUAAGCGAAUGGCAUCUUUUAUAUAGAUUAUAUCGUAUAUAACGACGUUCGUAUAACGAUUGUCUAUCGUGUUCUUCGCUGUAGAAAAAGAACAAAAACUCAAGUUGAAAAAUCGAUUUAGUUUUACCAUGAGCUUCUGGAACUCAUUAAAGUCAUUUGAUUAUGCGUUAAACUUGAAAAGUUUCUUAGUAUAUUGGAGACUACAUAGUAGUUGAUAUAUACUAUGAGAUAUUCUAGUGUAUGAAUUUGUACAAGUUUUCAGUGCAUCUUAUCAGAGUAACAGCAGUAUUCAUACAUAGUAAGUCUUUUUUCCAAGUCAGAAUAAGGCAGCAUAGAGAAAAUGUUUUUAUAUGACAAACGUAUAGAUAAGUUUUUAGUACUUCAUGCUAACAGAUUUUUUAUAUUUAGCAUUUUACAAAAUAACAUGGAGGAAUUGGAAGCUAAAGUGCCCUAAUCUUUUUCUGUAAAUAUCGUAGAAAUUAAUGUGGCUCAAGUGAUCAUAACGAACAAAGUAUGGUAUAAUGUAAAGAAAGUAUGAUAUAAGUUAUCGUUGAUAACGAAAAUCAUAUUAUAAGGAUUUUUAAGUGAUUGCUAUCAUUUAUUAGUUAUCAUAUACAUCACGAGAGCUAAUAACAAAGUGUAUAAGUUUAUGAAUAAUUGUAUAAUUGGAGUAAUCACUUGAAACAGGAUCGUGGCUGACAUAGUCAUGUAGAUUUGAUAUGUGUGAUGUGAAUAAUAAUAAUAGUAAUAUUAAGAACAAUGUUAAAAUAAUUGAUGCAGGAAUUUGAUAAGUUCCGAAGAUUAUAUAUAUAUAUAUAUAUAUAUAUAUAUAUAUAUAUAUAUAUAUAUAUCCGUUUAUUUUAUGAAUGUGUGUGAGAGAGAGAGAGAGAGAGAGAGAAAGUUCAGGCAAUUUAUAUAUACAAAACAUAUAUAAAUAUUAUUUAUCUAAAUAUAGUCGACAUAUAUAUCGCAAUAUUAUUGAUUCAAGUCGAAGACAACAUUUUCUUCUGAACAAUUCUUAAUCCAGUAAUACAAUUACAAUACAUCCAAGAUGUAAAUAAUCAUAACUUUUUUUACGGAUAAGUUCGUGCACGUUAUUAUCUGGUAUAUUUAUAAUCGUUAUAUAAAAUGGAUUUAAACCAAAUAUAUCACAUGUUUAUGUUACCAAAAAUAUAAUCUAAGGGACGUAGAUAAAUUUGAAUUAAGUAAUUAUAGAUAGGUUUAUUUAUCAAACACGUAAAAUAUUUCCUAACACACACGCGCAUAUGAUCGCAUUUGUGUGUUAAAAGAUGUGUACAAAACAUUUCAAAUAUGUUAUUUUCUUUGUAAUUUGCAUUUCAGUUUUGUUAGCAGAAACUCAAUUUGUGCUGCUCUAUUUCCGAUAAAUUAGACUAUUAAGCGAAAAUAAGUUUUAUUAAGAAAAAGAAUUUUCUUAUAAAAUGGAUAGAAUACUUGUUUCAUAUUUUUUAACUAUUUUAGAGAGAUUAUGACUUGUAUAUCUUUUUCUUAAGAAUUUCUCAAGUUUAAUAGGGGAUUAUUUAACGUAAUAAUAAUGGAUUACUGAAAUAAUUGAUGCCAAUUUUACAUAGAUUUAUUAUAUAAUUAUCUUUAAAUGUAAAUGUAAUAGCAUUUUUUAUUACAAUGGAUUUAAACUCGAAGCUGGUUAAUGACGUCACAUGCUCCAUUUUAAGUUUCAGCAUAUGACAUAAUUAAUCCAAUUCGAAUUGGGUUCAAACCCGCUGUAGUCAAAACGCUAUAUAAAUAUUAUACCUGUUUUCUUGCCAUUUCCUGUUUGCAUGAAAAAAAAAUCAUUAUUUAGCAUUUACAUAUUUUUGGCAGUACAAUUUUUUAUUGUUACAGUUUUUAAUUAUUCGAAAAUCGAUUGAUAGGAGGACGCUUCUACCAAAAAAAAUUACAGAUAAUAAUCUUAAUAUUAUAAUAGAAAAAAGUAUAAUUCAAUAUUUUAGAAUGAAAUUCUAAUACUUAGUAGAUUUCUAAUAUUGAUAAUCGUAGAAAGAACAAAAGCAUUACAUUCAAAGUGAUAUUUAGAUCAAAGACAAAGAUAUUUUGUUAAAAAGAAAACGUUGAAAAAUAUUCAUUAUUCUAUGAUAUUAACGUAUUCACUGCCAUAUGUAUAUAUAUUUAACAAGAGGUAACGAUUGUUGCAUAAUCUUUAGAAUCUCUCCGCAACUCUUAUCAUUCAGAACAUACAAUUGAUUAUAAAAAGAAAACAAUAUAUCAAAUAAUUAAAAUUUAUAUGAUGAUCAUGAUGCAUAAGUUAAAUAAUUUGACAUUAAUCUAAAUACCUAUAUUUAUUAGUUAUUGCAUAUUAAUGUUAUUCUUGAUUGGAAACUUUCAACAUUUAAAUUUUCAAGAAAUAUAAAUGCACGUUUUUAAAAGACUGAAUUGAUCGAUUAUAUAUAUAUAUAUAUAUAUGUAUAUAUGUAUAUAUAUAUAUAUAUAUAUAUAUGUAUAUAUGUAUAUGUAUGUAUGUAUAAGAAUAUUUAAUAAAUCAGAAUACUUCGUAAAUAAUUAUAAAAGAUAUAUCUUUAAUUGUAUAGUUUUUAAAUAUCUUUUAAUGAAUAAUAAACGAACCAUUUCAAUUUCAAGCAAUAAUGUUAAAUGAUUUCUAUAAUUUUUUUCAAUAGAUUUUAUGAAUAUAAUACUUUUUGCAACCUCAACAAACAAAUACAAUACCUUUUCGAAAUUGGUAGUGAAUAAGUUAAUAUGGAAUCAUUUUAGUUUUAAUAUUUAACAAUUUUAUAUGAAAACAAGAAAUUAAUUUUCCGUAAAUACCUUAAGGCGCUAACGGAAAUCUUUGCUAAAGUGCUAUCAAGAAAAUUGAUUUCUGUAUCUUAUCCCUUAACUAAAUCUCUAAUGUAGAGAUGCAUCAUCUGCCAAAGUAAUAAGUAUAAGUAUAAAGUCUUCAUUUUUUUAAAUAGCGAGAAAAAAAAUUCAGCCUACACACUUUAUUAGUAAAUAUCAGAAGUGGGUAAAAAUCUUUCAUUUUCUUAUUCGAAUAAUAAAGAAUAACCUUCGAUUGACAACAGUUGGGCAUAGAGAAGACUAGUCUAAUUUUUCCACAUAAUGAAUGUAAUACUCAUAUUCAUAAAAAUGAUCAUUACUCGUACAAGACAUUAUUUGAGUACCUAACUAAAUAAAAAAUUACAAAGUUUUAUUAGACAAUGAAAUAAAUUAUUAUUCGAAUAAAAUGAAUUAAACAAAAUGAAUGUAAUAUGAUGCUCAUCUCUGAUAUAUAUUCCAUAAUGUUAUGCACUAUAUUGUAUAUAGGAUUCUGCAUAAUAUCUAUGCGCUUUACAGUUAGACAGAAAUGUCAAAAUAGGAAACAUACGAUAAGUAACAAUGUGCAAUGCUUGGCACAGAAUAAAAGAUUUUUGUAUUCUACAUAUUAUUAUAUGUAUACACACGCAAAAUCGAAUGCGCGAAGGUCUGCUAAAUUUAUUUUUUUUUCCUAAAUUGAUAAAUACAUAAACUUUAUAAACAUGCAAUAUUGUCAUUGGCCUAUAAUUUUUGACAAAAUUAACUCAUCAGCUCUCAAUACGUUACCUAGCGUGGAUGCACAUAUACAUAUAUAUCUGUGCGUGGGUGUGUGUAUGUACAUUUAAUUAAGAAUAUACAUUUGUUUAUCCAAAGAAUAUCCUUCUAAGACUAUGUAUGGUUUAAAAUAUUUUAGUUGGAUUAGAUAAAAUGUAUAAUCAAGCUUUUUUUGUUAUAAAAUAUUUCUAGAGUUACACAUAAUUUUAAUAACUCAAUCCAUAAUUUUCUUUUGUGCCAGAAUUAUCUAUUAUAGUUGAUUAUUUGAUAAGAUUAAGGAUUUUUAACAAUUUAAGAACUAUAAUUAAAGACUGUUGUAAUGAAAGAAAGUGUUAUUGAAAGGAAUGAGCGUGUGUGAUCGAGUAUUUCUGUAGUACAUACAUACAUUGUCAUUGUUUUGUGAAUACAAGUAGAAUGUGCCAAAAAAAAGACGCAUAAACCUUUCAUAACAAUGUUCAAAGCUUAAAGAUAUAGUUUAGGCUUUUUUGUGCUACAUGCAAGUGUUCUUAAAAUGAACAACCGAUAACAAUGACAGUAUAUCAUGUCAAUCUUAAAUAUGCAAUAUAACAGCCUGUAUCAUAGACACAUACAUCGAAUUGAAUUUCUAUCGAAACGUGUGUGUAAAUGUAAAUUUGAAUGCAUGUAUCAUAUAUGCCAUACCACACGCGCGUACCUUGACUACAAGUAAUAAUAUCAUAAGAGCUUAUCAGUAGGCCACGAAAAGUUGGAAACGUGUCUCAAUGUUCGUGCAACAGUAUUAUGUAUGUGCCUAUCAUUUUUUUUUCUAUUUUAAAUUUUGCUAAUCCGUGAUAAAUGUAAUUUUUGUUGAAAUGUGUUUAACAUUGAUCUAUUAAAUGUUACACAAAUCGAUAUUUUACGCGAUCGAUCUCGAUCCACGUUGACAAAUAUUUUCAUAAAUUUUUAAUUGUGUAUAUAAUUACAAUGCGAAAUCUAUAUCAACUAGAUCUACUGAAAUUUACGGCUGUGAGACAUGUUUUGUAAUUGAUGCAUAAUGAAAGGAAUCUAUAAUU